UGCAUAAAGGUAACAGGAAGCUGGAAUAGCAGAUCAAGAAAUUGAAGAGUGCAGCUAAUCAAGCACUGGCUCUGCCGCUCUGCAAUCCAAAAGUACUAGAGUCUAAGAAGUUGUUGAAUCCCAAUGGCAGCGUCCAAGAAUUCCGGUUUUGCCUCUUCUUCGUCUUCUUCAAGUUCAAGUUAUGAAGUGUUCUUGAGCUUUCGUGGAGAAGACACUCGCACCAACUUUACCGAUCACCUCUACCAUGCCUUGGAUGAUGCUGGGAUUAACACUUUUAGAGACAACGAAGAACUUCCAACGGGAAAGAAGAUUGGGCCGGAGCUAAUCACUGCGAUCGAGCAGUCGAGAAUCGCUAUCCCCAUCUUGUCGGAGAAUUAUGCUUCCAGUAAAUGGUGUCUCAAUGAGAUCACUAAGAUCUUUGAAUGCAAAAACACGAUGGAUCAGGUCGUUCUGCCCAUUUUCUACAAAAUCGAACCCUCGGCUGUACGGAACCAGACCGGAAGCUAUGCAAAGGCCUUUAAGAAACACCAGACCUGUUUUGACCACAAAACCGUGAAGAAGUGGAAGGAAGCUCUGAGAGAGGUUGGAUCAUUGAAGGGAUGGGAUUCGAAGAACGCUGCUAAUGGAUAUGAAGCAAAGUUAAUAAAAUUAGUUGUUGCAACAGUUUGGAGUACAUUGAACAAGACACCCUCAAUUGUUUUUGAUAGCCUAGUUGGAAUCCAAUACCAUAUAGAAAAUAUGUUGGGGUUGUUAAACAUUGAAUCUGAUGAUAGAAAAAUUGUGGGCAUCAAUGGCUUCGGAGGCAUUGGCAAGACAACGAUUGCCAAGGCUGUGUACAAUACAAUCUUUCUUCACUUUCAAGGAUAUAGUUUUAUUGCCAAUGUUAGAGAAACUGCUCAACAACAUAAUGGACUAAUUUGUCUACAAAAUCAGCUUUAUUUUGAUAUCCUAAAGCAAAAAAACUCGUACAUUACUAAGGUUGAUGAUGGACUUAUUGUUAUCAAACAAAGAUUUCGCAAGAAAACGGUUCUUAUUGUUCUCGAUGAUGUAGAUCAAGAGAUUCAAGUAUAUGCAUUAAUUGGGGAUCUUGAAUGGUUUGGCUUUGGAACUAAGAUUAUUGUCACAAGUAGAAAUAAGGAUAUUUUAAUUGCUCAAAAAGCAGAUGGGAUUUAUCAGCCCAAGGAAAUGGACCUACAUCAAUCUCUUCAACUUUUUAGCUAUCAUGCAUUUAGAAGAGACCAACCUCCAGAAGAAUAUUUAGAACUCUCAAAAGCUAUGGUAAAAACUACUGGAGGACUACCCUUGGCUCUUCCAGUUGUAGGUUCAUCUUUAUUCUGCAUGGGAAAAUCAACAUGGCAAGGCACAUUGGAAAAGUUGCAAGGAGUUCCUAAUAAUGAGGUCAUGCAAAGACUGAGAAUAAGUUAUGAUGGAUUAGAAUAUGAGGAGAAACAAAUAUUUCUUGAUACUGCGUGCUUCUUCAUUGGAAUGCACAAGGAUGUUGCAUGCUACAUAUGGGAAGGGUGUAAUUUUUAUCCUAAAGUAGGACUUGAUGUUCUGCAUCUGAGGUCUUUGAUAACAAUUAGUGAAGAUGGUUAUUUGAGGAUGCAUGAUCAGCUCCGGGAUCUUGGAAGGGAAAUCGUUCGUCAAGAAAAUUUUAAUGAACCAUGUGAGCGUAGUAGGAUAUGGUCUCAAGAGGAAGCAUUAAAUGUAUUAGAUACAAAAAUGGGAAAAAGAAAAGUUGAAGGCCUUAAUAUUCACUUUGAAGAUAGCUCAAGAAACCAAUGUUUGGUGCAUGAAGGAUUUGCCGAAAUGACUAAACUAAGGUUACUUCGAGUUGAUUAUGCACAUUUUGCUGGAAUUUUCACACAUCCUUUUUCACAACUGAGAUGGCUUAGUUGGAUGGGAUGUCCUAUGCAAUUUACACUAAUCAAUUUUGAUCCAAGGAAACUGGUUGUUCUUAAUCUGUCUUGUAGUGAGAUCACAGAACACUGGCUGGGUUGGAACCACAUCAAGAAUGCCGCAAAUCUAAAAGUUCUAGAUCUCACUUCGUGCGAAAAUCUAUCAAGAACCCCUGAUCUUUCGGCAAAUAGAUGCUUGGAGAUAUUGAUUCUUACAGGCUGUAGGAAGUUGGUAGACAUUGAUGCAUCCGUUGGUCUUCUUGGGAGGUUAAGAGUUUUCGAUGCUUCGGAAUGCUUUAGAAUUGGAUCAUUCUCAAUUAAGCUUUCAAACCUUACAAAUUUAGAGAUAUUGAGCCUUAAAUUCCCUUGGAAUCUGAAGAAGAUACCAAGUGAUAUUGAGAAAUUGGCAAAAUUGAAAUCUUUGAAGUUUUCCUCUGGCGACUUCAGAGUGGUACCAGCUGCCUUCAAUGCUCUUACCUGUCUUGAGGCUCUCAGUUUUAGUGGAUGUGGGGGCCUUCGGCAUAUCUCAAUUCUUCCCUCAAGUUUAACCUGCCUGAGGGCUACAUCCUGCUGGUCACUAACCGAGAUUCCAGGUAUCAACGGAUUGGAAUCAUUGGAAAUCUUGGAUCUUGCAUCGUGCGACCGUUUGGAAAGAUUGCCAGAUCUAUCACAAUUUAAAAAAUUGAAGUACUUAUGUGUCCGAUUCUGCACGUGUCUAACAGAGAUUCCAGGAGUAGACAAAUUGGAAUCAUUGGAAGUAUUAGAUAUUAGUAACUGCAUAUGGUUGGAAACAUUACCAGAUUUUUCAAAUUUGAAGAAAUUGAAGAAUUUAAACGCUUAUUGCUGCUGUAUGCUAUCAGAGAUUCCAGGUCUCAAUGGAUUGGAAGAAUCCUUGGAACAAUUGGAUAUUAGUUGGUGUGAGUCUUUGGAGGGACUGCCAGAUUUGUCAAAAUUUAAAAAAUUGAAGAAGCUAAGGGCUAAACUCAGUGAGGAACAAACCAAGUUUGUAGGAGUUGAGGGAUUGAAAUGCUUGGAAGAAAAAUGUGAUUAUACCACUGAGAGUUUUAUGAAACUAGGGUUGUUCGAAAAAAUGGAAGGAACGGAGCGUCUUAUGGACUCAAUAGAUUCGAAGAGAAGACAGAGAAUAAUGAGGGGCGAGAGAGAAGGGGAUGCUGGUGAAGUAUCCGCCGUCAGUUCAGAGAAUCUUCCUCCCAAAAGGGAAAUACCUGGAAGAGGAGGGAUGAAAAGUACCAAAGGAAGGGGAAGGGGAAGGGGAAGGAAGCUCCUACAAAAAGUAUCCCCAUUGAAUUUCUUCCGUCAGUGUUCUUUGAAAAGAAGUAAAGGGAUUGGAUCUUGUAUUAGUCACCUCGGCAUUCAGAUUCCUUCUCUGGUCCGCAUAAUGUCAUGUGGCAAAUCAAAACAAAGGUCUACCCAUUGAAGUAGCCGCCAGCCUGCCAUUCAUUCCAGGUUCCUCUCUCUCUCUCUCUCUCUCUCUCUCUCUCUCUUUUGAUGGCAGAUUAUUUUUGUAUC